GCCUGAUUGCAGUUGACCCAAUACUGCCACCUACUGAAGAUUAAAAGUUCUCAAUCUAAAAGAGCAUGCUCUAAAUACUUAAUAUCAAAAAGAUGUGGAGGGUUCAGUAAGCGUCCUAAAAUGUGUUAAACCACUUUGACAUCUCCAAAUAACUUGAGUGAGCAACACAGAGACCCGCUACAAUGGUUGUCUUGGAAAACAUUUAAUAAUUAAUGUCUCCACAACAAAUUGAAAAGUCCCCGACCCCCCUUUGCCUUUGUGUUUGGACAAGAACGUAGCAAGAUUACAAGGUAAAAUAAUUGUAUGUAUAUAUUACAUAACUCAAUGUAAACCAGCAUAUAUUUCUUAUAACAUACAUGUAUUCAUUUGAACGAUAUUGGCGGGAAUUGUGGAGAGGCGCAUUUCACCAGCAUCAUUAUGACAAAAAAAGAAUGGUGACAUCAUAGAUGCUUCGAUGCAGGAGAGAGAUUUGGUGAGUGAGCUGCUUUAAACGCUUCAAUAGAUUUAAAUAGCACAUUUUUUGCUUUUUAAAAUCUCGAAAAACGCUAUACGUUUACUUGCUCGUGACGCUAUGAAGAUGAUUCAGUCGAGGAUUUCAAAUGUCCCAUUUUUGGAUGGAGCAAACGGCAUGUAUAGAACAACUAACAAGAGCCACUUUAAAGUAGUGGACAACACCGCCGUGCAGAAAAGAGAUAUUAUCCUUCAGCCUGUCUCAGCACAUUUACAGCGUGGAGACCACAAUGACCUGGGAAUGUACCAGACAGAGACAGCGCUGUCCUUCCCAUCCCAUUCACCAGUCCAUGUCUUCCAGCCAAUGUUAACCCAUCUCACGAUGCAGAGCACAAACAUUAAAAUGCAUUCUGGGAACAGUUGUGGAGACUUUGAGACCACUCAAUCAGACUUCAAGACCCUUCCGAUGUCUGCAGCCCAUCUAAUUCGUCCCACCACUGCAGUCAGGAUAGCUCUGCCGGGGAGCAAAUGUCCUGAAACUACCUACAGAUCCAGUUACACCAAACAUGAAGUGUCCCCAGUCCCCAGGACACAGGAAACGCUGAACACAGGUGUCGGAUCAAGUCUGAACGAGGACAAAAAGGACCAAUUCAGCUCCAGUUAUCAUGAGCAGUUCCAGUACAGAUGGUGUCCUACUCCUUCUCCUAUUGAGUCCUCAGAGAAGCAACGAAUUCAGUAUUCAUCUGUAGCGAUGGGAGACCGAGAAAAGAUACUGAACAAACAGACAACGUAUUCCACCUCCUUCAGUGAAUCAGGUGCCCACAGCUUUGCUAAAUUCAGGGAAUAUCUGCUUCCCAAGAUAAAUAAAUCUCGGCCCAUCAACCUCCGGGAACUUGUUGAUGAAAAAUGGAUAACAACCUCAUCUGAGGAAUUUCGUCAACAUAAAUGUGGCCCUAUUCACCUAGAGCGCAGAAUCCCGAACCUCAGCUUUGUGUUCAAAGGAGAGAUACUUAAAGGCAACCAAGAAAGACUGUCAACAACAAACCAGUGCUUCUUCCCAAAGAUAGACCGCGCACAGUUCCCAGUGCAUGUGAAUGGUGCCGGUAUCAGGAAUUUGAGCGAUGUAAAAUUCGGGUGGCCUGAUCUGGCUGGAAGAUUCUACAGCACAACAUCACAGGAGCAGUUCCCAUCAAAAGAGGUGGUCCGUCCCAAGCCACCCGUUUACCCACCUAGCUAUGUGCUGCUUGAGCAAGCACCAGAUCGGAUGCUUACAACUGUGCAAAAAGAUUUUGUCCCCUUGAACUCUAGAAGACAGGAAUUGAGCCCUAGCCAGCUUCAGCAGGUUAAGGACAGUCAUAUUAGGCCUCGGCACAGCAAACAUGACUUCAGGACAACCCACAAUGAAGCUUUUGCGCCCAAGCCCUACUGCAAGGCAUCCCUGGACAACCCACCCCUACAACACAUCAGCCACAUGCCGUUUUAAGUCGAAAAACAUAUAAAUUACAAAAAAAAGUCUGUACUCUAAACAAAUGUUUAAUGGUUUUAGCACAGGAAAAUCAGCUGAAAUCAUUCCUCAGCCUCUAUGCCAGUCUGUGAGUAUUAUCAGGUGUUCGACCUUAAACACAAUCCACAAAAUCCAGCUCAACUCCAUCAUACAAUAAGAACAAAUAGAAACAAUUACUAUUUGUUAUUAUUUAUUGAUGAACUUGAUUUGGUUGAAAUAUAUUUUUGAUCACAGACUACCAUACAGGGACAUUUGUUUAGAGUGGAGAACUUUUUUUUGCUUUUGACUUUAAACAUUAAAAUAUUAAAAACUUUCAAAGCAUCACUUUUGUCUAUGUAUGCUCUUAAAAGAUAAGGUUCUAUAUAUCCUGUCAGUCGCUUCAUAUAUAGAACCUUUUUAGGAUUCCCAUUAUGGAAUCAUUUUAUUGAUUUAGUUUAAUUUUAUUACAUUUUAUGAAUUAUACAGCUCGUAAACACUUUAUCACUAGAAAAAAAUAACCCAUUAAAUAUAAAAGUAUUACCCUACAUUCUCUACAUAGAACCUUUUCUUCUAAGAGUGAUAUGUCCUGUCAAAUUCACAUCAGAAUUUGCCACACAACAUCAUUACCUCCAUAACCAUGAGUGCGAAAAAUUCUUAUCAGCAUAAAAGAGCGCUUUGAGGUGUAUUAUGACAACAAAACAUGUCCUAUACAGAUCAAAUGUGUGUGUGUGGAAGCUCAAGGUUAAAUGGCAAUCUGGAACACAUGGUAUUAAUGACUACAAGAAGUGUUUUGGGGGCAGUAAUAGUUAGAGAGUCGAACUUGAAACCCGAAGGUUGUGAGUCUCAGUACUGGCAGGAAGUGAAUGAACGGCGCUCAUUGAGCAAGGCACCUAACCCACAAUCGCUCCCUGGCCACUGCAAAAAAAAAAGAAAAAAAAAAGAAUGGCUGCCCACUGCUCCGGGUGUGCGUGUUCAAUACUCACUGCUGUGUGUGUGCACUUUUAUGGGUGAAAUGCAGAGCACAAAUUCUGAGUAUGGGACACCGUACUUGGCUACACGUCACAUCACUAAGUGUGUCAGACGGUGACUAACUCACUGACCUCACACAGCACAUUUGGACCAUUUAAGGCAUGUGCAAAAUAUCAUGGGAGCGUGCCAGAGGAUACCCAGUUAAACAUAUUGCUGUCUGCCAGUGCACAGCCUCUCCAUGCAGGUCUGUGUUUGUGUACUGAAGUGGCAUGAUCCUCUACCUGCACCUUAUUUAAACAGAGCCUGUGUGUUAUCAAACCAUCUGUUGGAGUAAUGGUGCCGUGUCGAAUUCAGCCUCGCAUUCUCACACUCAAACACAAAAUCUGUUCCUGUUACAAGUUGUAACCUUGAACUUAAGCUUUUUGGUGUUUAUGCAAACACCAAUUCAACAUUUCAUUUUUAGUGAUGUUUUGAAGGGGUUUGAGCCUUUGACACACCUGGUAUUACAUCUUAUUGCCUUUGCAAAUCAACACAGAUAAGAAUAUUGUCAUUAUCAUGUCAUAUCAUGUAUGUGUGUGGUGGCAGGGGUCCAAAAGACUGAGACAAUAUUAAAAGAGUCCUUCUACUUUG